AUGCCGUUCAAAAUAAUUGAAACAAUAGAAAAAGGCCAAAAACGACUGUGCAUUAUACCUAGUUUUUGGGCGUCUAAUAGUAUUUUAAGAUGGGCAAAAAAGCGUUUAGAUAUCAAUAAAUUGGUCAAGGACGAAUAUUCGCAGCCUGUAGAUAAUUGGUCUUCUUCACAUUGCUGUGUCAAAAGACAAUUAUUAACAUCAUACGACGAAGCAACACGAGAACUAGAUCUCAUGCUACAAAAUAGUGACACCGAAUUUGAUAAUCAGACAGAAGUAAUCACAACAAAUAGUAAUAUUAACUUCAGUAAUUACAAUACUCUAGCUUGCCCAGCCAUUGUUAAAGAGCUAGAAGAACUGGAAUCACUUUUAACUGACAAGCAGCAAAAAAAUAAACUGCUAAAGCAAUACUCUUUCGUAUGUUCACAAUCGGAUGGAAGAGGUGGAACAUGUGCAUACAAAAUAUUAGAUGUGUUUUUUACUCGUGAUUUCUUAUACAAGUGUUCCUGGACUGGUGGUAGUAGAGGUACUAGUGAUAACGUAAAAAAUCCUCUAAAGGCUUAUAAAAACGUCCUUAAGUUUUACUACGAACUGAUACAUAUCUGGGACCAAACUUAUACCAUUGAAAAUAAUGAAAACUUUUUUAAAACUGUUCUUAAAACUUCUGUAAAGCGAAAACUCAGCAAGAAUGAAAGAGCAUCAACAAAACGUAGGAGAACAAAAAAAGAUACACUUAAAAAUUCCAAUCAAACAAAUCAAACCACCAACCAAGUUGAAAGCGUCAUGAUUGUUCCAGACGACGACGCUACAAAUGAAACAAAAAAUACCACGGAAGAUGUCACAGAGGAAAGAGAAGAAGACGAGGAGAAGGAAGAGUCCUUUUGUUAG